UUCUGCUACCCCUCAUUGAGCCACUUGAGCCUGGAGCAGAUGGAAAGAUUGUAGUGGGGGGAAAGUAAGCAAGCAGCAGAGAGAGAAAAUUGGAAGAAGCCAUGCAGAGAGUGAGGCAGCCCAGCGACGAUGCUUGAUGAACUGAACCACUGACCACCAGAAAAGGCUUUCUUCAACUUUGACUGAGCCCCAAAGGGAUCAAGGAAUCAGACAGGACAGUCCUGAGGGGAGACAUCAACUCACUGUCCCUACUGACGGGCUGAAACCAGCCCAGGACGUGGAGAGCUCAAGAAAGAUAGAAAGAGUUAGAGACGAGGAGAAAGAGGGGAGUUCUACGGAUGAGAGUUAAAGCAGAGAGGCAGAAAGAGAUGCUCAAAGUGAGCAGAUAGAGAAGAGAAAAGUAAAGUAAAGGAUAGCUACAGGUGUGUGCACAAGGACCGCUCAAAGAGAGGAGGACACACUAGAGUCAUCUGAACAAAAGCUGUAGCAAGUGAAACAGGAGUGUAAGACCAGAUACAAGUAGAGGGACAGAGCUAGAUAAGGAUGGCCAACUCAGGUCUCCAGUUGUUGGGUUAUUUCCUAGCGUUGGGUGGCUGGAUCGGCAUCAUCUCAACCACUGCCUUGCCCCAGUGGAAGCAGUCUUCGUAUGCCGGUGAUGCCAUCAUCACGGCCGUGGGUCUGUACGAGGGGCUGUGGAUGAGCUGCGCCUCACAGAGUACAGGACAGGUGCAGUGCAAGAUCUUUGACUCCAUGCUCUCGCUGGACAUCCACAUCCAGACAUGUCGGGCCCUCAUGGUGGUGUCAGUACUGCUGGGCUUUAUUGGCAUCAUCGUCAGCGUGGUGGGCAUGAAGUGCACUAAGGUGGGAGAUAACAACCCUGCCACCAAAACCCGCAUCGCUGUGACCGGAGGGAUCCUCUUCCUGCUCGCAGGUCUAUGUACACUGGUGUCUGUGUCCUGGUAUGCCACUCAGGUGUCCUAUCAGUUCUUCAACCCAAACACACCACCCAACGCCAGGUAUGAGUUCGGCUCGGCCCUGUUCGUGGGCUGGGCGGCAGCCAGUCUGACGGUUCUGGGUGGUUCCUUGCUGUGCUGCUCCUGCUCUAAAGAUGACAUGCGAGGGCAGCAAUAUUACCGCCAAUCACAGCCUUCCACAGCCAGGGAGGCAGAGUUGUUGAGUGAAACUAGUUUCCCUGACUGAUCAGCCCCCGCCUUUUUAUCGAGGACUGUCCGAGUGUCCAACCACUGUGUUACCCAUUUUCUUCCUGUUAUCUCUUAGACCCAAAUUUGGACCUCAUGUAGUAGAACACUCCCUUUUCAACAGUACUACAUCUGCACCUAAUCAGUUUUAGAGAUGCAUUGUCUUCCCCUACCUUCUGAGCCGUUUCUGUAAAUAUGGACUCUUAAAGGAAAUGUGAUCAGACCUUCUAUUUAAGAAAUGAGGUGGCUUCCUCCAUUUCAGCCUGUCAACCUUCUACUACACCUCCCAUUUCCUCCUCUGUCCCGUUAUUGGCCGAAAGUUAACAAUAAGUUGAAACCCUUUGUGGUUUCUUGCGCUGAUUUAUGAUUUCACUUAUAUCCUAUGACCUCUGGGUGUUUUUGUAAAUGUGUCUUUUGGGUUUAUUUUGUGCGCUGUGACUGUACUUUGACUGAAACGUGUCUUUUUUUCCCUUUUGAAUUGCAGACCAAAUGUUAAAAGUACCCCACCAGAGAAAAGGGAGCAGUACUUGUAGUUUGGGAGAGUCUUCUGGCCUUACCAUGGUUUAGAUUCUGUCAACAGACAAAACCUCUCACUGAGGAUUUCAAAACAGACAAACAGACACCAUUAAAGAAAGAAUUUAUCUACAGCAACCUUUUAAGCAUAUUGCAGCAACAUAAAUUAGAGUAUUUGUUGAAGUAAAAGAAAUUGUUUUGGGAUGUUUUAUGAACUAGUUGCUUCAGGGGGAUUGAGAAUAUCCUUGUCUUGUCUGUUUUGUUGCCUUAGAGAGAGACAGUCAUUCAGGGUAUGUUUUCUAUAACAUGUUAAAAUGCCCGGGUGUAUAUACCACCUACUCUAUUCUUUUUUCAUUCUUUUUCUUUUUUUUUUGGUUUACUACAUAUAUAAUGUUUUACUACGUGCCUUAUAACACAUGUUGUGCACAUGUAUGUUUUUGACUUUGAGAAUUCUUUUAGUCUCCCAUUCCAUCUGAGGAAUGUGUGUCCAUGGUUCCUCUGCCAGCAGUUCUAUGUGCCUUUUCCUAUUGUUGGAUUUCUGAAAAUGAAUGUGAAGCUACUCUACAGUACCAUUUAUGAAACAACAAGACAUACACAAGAUAGAUCUUCAGCAGAGUGCCUUAUGCCACUGUUUGUAAUAAGCUGUGUGCCUGUCUCCAAGUAGCCUGGAUUGAGGAUAUACCCAGUACAUUCAUUUUGUUUUGUUAAGUGCCAAUAUGAUUUUGUGUGAAUGGCAGAGUCUCUGUAUUAUUGACUUUAAAGGAUGUACUGUACUGUGUGUUGUCUCCUGUACUAAGGAACGCCAGUUUGCUGAGUGUUCAAAUGCCUACAUUUAUUUACCACGCCAUUCCUUUCUCUAAUAUUUACCUCCUCAAUGUUGUGUAUCAUCUCAUUUACAGUAUACCCCUGUCUGUUUCUUUUAGAAUAAAGUAAACAGAGAUAUAAAAA